CACAAAAUAAGAAAGAAAGAAGAAAACUAAAUGCGAAAAAAAAUGUAUAAAAUGAAAUGAACUGAAAAAGUUCAGAACUUCGCUCGUUAACCGUUGGCUAAGAAUGCGAGUCUUCCUCAUCCUCGGCUCUACCUCCGCUUCCAUUGCCGGACCUCGCCGCUACCGCCACCGCCACAGCCAUUGCAAAGCUCCCAAAUCAUCUCUCUCCAACAUAUCUCCUACCGGAACGCAUUUGCCGUUCUCUUCACACACCUCAACACGCCAUUCCCCUCCAGCUCUUCUGUCCUCCGUUGAAUUGGACAUUGCCGGCGCCUCAUCCGGCGGAAGAAUUCCUAUACAACACUAUGCCGGUGUCGCAACGAAGCUCGCCGAGCGCGGGAAGCUAGAGGAUUUUGCAAUGGUGGUGGAAAGUGUGGUUGUCGCUGGUGUUGAGCCCUCGCAGUUCGGUGCGAUGUUGGCUGUUGAGCUUGUAGCGAAGGGGAUAUCGCGGUGUCUUAGAGAGGGAAAGCUAUGGAGCGUCGUGCAGGUCUUGAGGAAGGUCGAGGAGCUUGGGAUUUCGGCUUUGGGACUUUGUGACGAGUCUGCCGUAGAAUCGCUGCGGAGAGACUGUCGCCGUAUGGCCAAGUCUGGAGAAUUAGAAGAACUUGUUGAGUUCUUGGAGGUUCUUUCCGGUUUUGGUUUGUCAGUCAAAGAAAUGAUGAAGCCGUUCGAAGUAAUUAAACUGUGUGUUGAUUACCGUAAUCCUAAAAUGGCAAUUAGGUAUGCUAGCAUUUUACCACACGCAGAUAUAUUGUUCUGUACAACUAUAAAUGAAUUUGGAAAGAAAAGGGACUUGAAAUCUGCUUACAUAGCAUAUGCAGAAUCCAAGGCAAAUAUGAAUGGUUCUAAUAUGUAUAUCCACCGCACAAUAAUUGAUGUAUGUGGUCUCUGUGGCGACUACAAGAAAUCAAGGAACAUCUAUCAGGAUUUGGUCAAUCAGAAUGUCACCCCAAAUAUAUUCGUUUUCAACAGUCUCAUGAAUGUAAAUGCCCACGAUUUGAACUACACAUUUCAACUAUACAAAGAUAUGCAGAAUCUUGGUGUACCAGCUGAUAUGGCCUCAUAUAAUAUCCUUCUCAAGGCCUGUUGUUUAGCAGGAAGAGUUGAUUUGGCUCAGGACAUUUACAGGGAAGUAAAGCAUUUGGAAACAACAGGUGUAUUGAAGUUGGAUGUCUUCACCUACAGCACAAUUGUAAAGGUUUUUGCAGAUGCAAAAUUGUGGAAAAUGGCACUUAGAGUCAAAGAAGACAUGCAAUCAGCUGGAGUCUCCCCAAAUAUCGUGACCUGGUCUUCGUUGAUAAGUUCAUGUGCUAAUUCGGGUCUUGUUGAGCUGGCUAUCCAAUUGUUUGAAGAGAUGGUUUCAGCAGGCUAUGAACCUAAUACUCAGUGUUGUAAUAUCCUAUUACAUGCUUGUGUCGAAGCUCGCCAGUUCGAUAGAGCUUUUCGUCUAUUUCGCUCCUGGAGGGAGAAGGAGCUCUGGGAUGGUAUAGAAAGAAAAAGUAGCAUUGACGAUAAUUUGGAUGCAGAUUCAACAUCUCAAUUGUGUACUACGAAUAUGCUUAAUGCUCCAUCUCAUGAACAUCAAAUCAGCUGUGUAGGGAACUUUGCUUUUAAACCUACAGUUACAACAUAUAAUACUCUAAUGAAAGCCUGUGGUACUGAUUACUACCAUGCUAAAGCUUUGAUGGAGGAGAUGAAAAGUGUUGGACUUACGCCCAAUCACAUUAGCUGGUCAAUUUUGAUUGACGUAUGUGGAGAAUCUCAUGAUGUGGAAAGCGCUGUACAGAUCUUGACAACUAUGAGAAUGGCUGGAGUCGAUCCUGAUGUUGUUGCAUACACGACAGCUAUCAAGGUUUGCGUUGAAGGUAAAAACUGGAAGCUGGCGUUUUCAUUAUUUGAAGAAAUGAAAAGAUUUGAGAUACAGCCAAAUUUAGUGACCUAUAGUACACUUCUGAGAGCCCGCAGUACGUAUGGUUCAUUACACGAAGUUCAGCAGUGCCUUGCUGUAUAUCAGGACAUGAGGAAAUCAGGGUUCAAAUCCAAUGAUCAUUAUCUCAAAGAGUUGAUUGCGGAGUGGUGUGAAGGAGUUCUACAGAAUAACAAUCAGCAGCAAGUUGAGACAACUCCCUGCAACAAAAUUGACAUUGCGAAACCACGAUGUUUGAUUCUUGAAAAAGUUGCCGACCAUCUGCAGAAGAGUUUUGCUGAAAGCCUAACAAUUGACCUUCAGGAGCUUACAAAGGUUGAAGCUCGAAUAGUAGUUCUCGCAGUUUUACGAAUGAUCAAAGAAAAUUAUGCAUUAGGGGAAUAGUACUCCAGGAAAGCCCAGCUGCAUCUAUUACUCUUUAGGAAUAGUUACAUUUUUAUCUAUCUUGGCUGCAGGAGAGUCGGUAAAAGAUGAUAUAUUCAUCAUCUUAGAAGUGAAUAAAGUUCAAACAGAUUUAAUUCGAAAGAACUUCGAGGUGAGAGAUGCGAUAACCAAACUCUUGCAAGAUGAAUUAGGGCUUGAGGUUCUUCCUACAGGACCUACAAUUCCUCUUGAUAAAGUGCCAAAUUCAGAAAGCUCAAACAUGUCACAUACAAAACUGAAAGGAACUACGGGAAGGAAUAAGUACUUCACUAGGAAACCAGCAGAUGUACAGAGGCUAAAAGUCACCAAGAAAUCACUGCAAGAUUGGCUGCAAAGAAAUAGGUAAUAGUAGAAGAUGGGUGUUCAAAACUCCCAAAAUGAUUUUUUCGUUAAGGAUAUAAUCAUGAUGUCCAAUAUCUUGUAAUUACUUUUCUUUUUCUGUAUAGCAGUACAAGUAAUGUUACUCCAUGGUCUCUCUUGUAAACUCCAAAUGAAAAUCUUUACCAUCAUUCAUUAAUAAAAAGUAUACACCCCUUUUGUUCAA